CAUUAUUUCUGCUUCAUACGUACGCGGUAACUGACGUUCGGAUAAGCAUCAGUGAAACAAUUCUGUCAACUCUUGUGAUAUUUUAUUUAAAAAUUCAAUAUAAAUUAAGGGAGUAAGGAAGCGCAGCAAAGGACCUUACGAGAAGAAAAGCUAUUCGGAGCUUCAGCGUUCAGAUAUACUAAUACCGAAGGCGUGUAAGGAGUUGCGAUAGCCAAAAUGAGUUCGAAUAAUCGGGAACUGGAAAUAGCGUACUUUCAUAUGAUAUCUGCGGGUCACGAGAAGGAAGAAGAAAUCUUAAAACUCGUAGUUUCAUUUGGGAGCGAACCACUUAUUUAUUGGAUCAAGCCUUCAAAUAAAACUACAUCGAUGUUUUUGUUCCAAAAUUAUGGGUUGGAGUCGCGAGACAGGGAAGUAUUCUACAACGAUAAGAAACUGCCGUUUGUAUCGCUAUUGACUGCUUUGACAAACUUUCUCGAAGAACUCCAGUCGUUGUCGAAGCCGAUUUUACUUGUGAGCCAUUCAGCAGAAUUGGAAGCGAAGCUCCUAGUUCGAUCGAUUUUAAAAUGCGGCAUGAUCGAUCAAUUCGCUCGUGUCAUCGCCGGAUUCUCAGAUACAUUUAUCAUUCUCAGAAACGAGUCACCGAAUCCAGAGAAUAUUGAAAAAUUCACAAUACCCACUCUGGUGAGAGAUUUGCUGAAAAAAGAUUACUCACGAGCGUUUCAUGAGUCACCAUACGACGUGAUGAUUCUCAAAGAAAUUGGCUCCACUAUACCAAGGUCUAAGUUGAUUAGAUACGCUAAAACUUUCAAACAAACGUUUGAUGAAUGUGAAGAAUAUUUAAGAAGAUUAUAUGCAAAUCGACGAGAACUCGAUACUUCUCAGCAAGCUCCUUCAGGGAUGAUGAAACACAACGAAACCGCAGAAUCAGAUUCCGAAUCUGAUAAUCCUUCUGAAUCGGAGAGUGAAGAUAACACUGAAAAUUUGCCUCGGACUGAUGAGGAUCAAGUGAUCGAAGAACUCACUGAAAUAAUGGGAAAAUCGGAAGCACCGAGUGGCUUAAGCGAUAAGGAGCGCAUGGAGGAGUGGAACGCGACUGUCAAUGAUUUUUUCUUCUGAGCUUAUUUAUUUAUUCUGAUAUGUAAAAGUCUUGUACUCGUAUUAAGGGCUUACACCAGAGUGCAUGAUCUACUAAUACAGCAGUUUUUGGGUUCCAAAUAAAGUAUCCAUUGAAUAAAA